AUGCGUCCCGGGAACCGCGGGCGGCCUCGGCUGCGGCUCGGGGAACGCGGCCUCUUGGAGUCGCCCUUGCCGCCCAAGCGCCGCCUGCUACCGAGGGUGCCGCCGUUGCCCCUGCUGCUGCUGGCGGUGGCUGUAGCCUGGACAUUCUACACGGUCUGGAGCGGCUGGCACCGGGGUUCCGAGGAGCUGUUACUGGCCCGGCAGCAGCGGGCUCCGUUGGUCGGAAGCCUUUCCGAAGCCCGGCUGAGGAGAGUGGUCGGACAACUGGACCCACAGCGCCUCUGGGACACUUAUCUGCGCCCCCUGCUGGUCGUGCGGCCUCCAGGUAGUCCCGGCAAUCUUCAAGUCCGGAAGUUCCUGGAGACCACACUGCAGUCCCUGACAGCCGGCUGGCACGUGGAGCUGGACCCUUUCACAGCCUCCACACCCCUGGGGCUGCUGGAUUUCGGCAACGUGGUGGCCACGCUGGACCCGAGGGCUGCCCGCCACCUCACCCUCGCCUGCCAUUAUGACUCGAAGCUCUUCCCUCCGGGGUCAGCGCCCUUUGUUGGGGCCACAGAUUCAGCAGUGCCCUGCGCCCUGCUGCUGGAGCUGGCCCGGGCCCUGGACCUGGAGCUGAGCAAGGCCAAGGAGCAGGCAGCCCCGGUGAGCCUGCAGUUGCUCUUCUUGGAUGGCGAAGAGGCGCUGAAGCAAUGGGGACCCAAGGACUCUCUUUAUGGCUCCCGUCACCUGGCGCAGCUCAUGGAGUCGGCCCCGCACAGCCCCGGCCCCACCAGGAUCCAGGCGAUUGAGCUCUUUGUGCUUCUGGACCUCCUGGGAGCGCCCCACCCCACCUUCUACAGCCACUUCCCCCGCACGACCCGCUGGUUCCAUCGCCUGCGGGGCAUCGAGAAGCGUCUGCACCGAUUGAACCUGCUGCAGUCACACCCCCAGGAGCUGAUGUACUUCCAGCCGGGGGAGGCCCCUGGCUCUGUGGAAGACGACCACGUCCCCUUCCUGCGGCGAGGAGUCCCGGUGCUCCACCUCAUCUCCACACCCUUCCCCUCUGUCUGGCACACACCUGCUGACUCCGAGGCCAACCUCCACCCACCCACCGUCCACAACCUCAGCCGCAUCCUCGCCGUAUUCCUGGCUGAAUACCUGGGACUCUAACCUGCCAAGCUGAUCUCCAAUGGGAGAGGGGUAGGCAUCUCACUCCUCGAGAGAUGUGCCCAGCAGGGGACAUGCCGAGGGCACCUGGAGUCAGUGGACCUCAGGCCUGGCUCCCCUUGGAUGUGCUGGUUUGUCCUGCUUGUGCCCUUCUUUCCUCUGACUCUCUCAAACCACCAUCCUCCAAAGACUUGGCAGAAGCCACCGUGGUGACAAAGACCAAAAGCAUAAGAGCGUGGCCCCUGUUUCAAGAGGAACGAAUGCUUGCUCAGAAGGCUGACGGAGCCGAGUGCCCUUGUCUGUGGACAGGCGUCUGGACCUGCAGCACCUCCCGACUGAGUUUGUCAGUUCCUCCUUCAGGGCAACAGCCUAGGUACUGCAUCAGUCCAAACCUUCACACGGGACCCAAAGUGUGUGUGCUUAUAAGCAUGGAACAGAGAGAGAAGCCAACCUUCGGGAAAACUGGAUUCUACCAGACCCAAUGGGCAAUAAGACAGCGUGUUUCUGCAAAUCUGGUUCCGAGGAACUAGUGUCAGUAGGUGUUGCAGGAAACAUGGGGUACAGCACUCAGGCGUUAGAAGACUGUUCCUUACUAUAUAACGUGAGUGCUCCACAGAAGGAGGACACGAGGCUGGGGAGCCCUAGGAAAGCAAUGUUUACGUGCUUGGCGGUUCCUUGAAAGGUGGUUCGAACCCACUCAGCUGCUCCUCGGGAGAAAGAGGAGUCCCGGAAAAACUUCGUCCUUGGCAGUUCCGCUCUGUCACCCGGGGUCGCUGUGAGUCAAAAUCGACGUGGCAGCACCCAACCUCCACAGGUCCGCGUUUCCCUCAAGAUACUUGACUGUGUUGUCGGUGCCGGUUGAGUUGAUCCUGACCCAGAGUGACCCCGUGCACCACAGGCUGAAACGCUGCUCGCUGCUCGGCCAGGUGCAGUGUCCAUCUCCUGGAGGCUCGCUCCUCUUUGUCACUGCCCUUUGACCCUACCAAGCACGAGGGCCCCUUCUGAAAACACACCCAAAGGACGCGAGACAACAACGUCUUGCCAGAGUCACUUCUAAGGAGCAUUCUGGCCGUCCUUGCCCCACAACAGGGUUGUGCUUCUGGCA